CGUUACGUUAUCAGUCAGCCUUUAUUCCAAUUUUUAAUUAUUUCAAUAAGAUUACAGAGAUCUAUUAUAUUUUUUUAGUAAAUAAUCGUAAGAAUUAUAGGGAAAAGAUAUAUACUAUUUGUUUUAUCAUUAAGUAAUCAUAAAACUAGUGUCGAGUGUUAAGAGGUGACUCGAGUGUUUGUUCAAAUAUUCAUAAUGGUAAAAAAUCAUUGAUGGGUAUUGUUUACGAAUUUCGUGGAAUUGAAGAUAUCACAGCUUGCCUUUGGAUAUAUUAGCUGUUAGGAUGGAAGGGAGUAACGAUUCAUUGUCAAUUUUGACUGCGCCCAUGAGUGGGUCCUCUGCAGUGCUGCUGACUCCGGGGCGGACGAGGAACAUAGCGCAAGACAUGGAGGCUCUGAGAUUGUCGCGACAGGACAACCCAUUUUUACAGCAAGUGAUCAAGGCCAGCAGGGAGAGUCUGAUAGAGAGCCACAUUGAUGAGUGUGAAUCUGAUGACACCAUAUUAAUGUCACAGGAUUUUGGCAGUUCAGCGUUAGACUUUGUAGAAGAAGACCCUUUGACCCUGAAAGAGGUCCAUGAACAUAUGAUCAGGUCCCCUCCCCCUACAAGCUGCUGGUCUAACGAGUCGCUCUCAUACCGCGCCGCGUCUGCGUUCGAGUUCGGCGCCGACAGCCCCGUGUCGUUUAGCGCCUACUCCGUCGCGCAUGAGAAGGAAUGUUCCCGCUCCCCCCGUCGUUCGCGUGCGUCGCGCUCGGCGUCGCCACGUUCCCACGAUCUAGCUCUCUGUGGGAGACCACUCUCUUUGCCAGGUGAAAGCCACCUCCGCAACGCCCUAAGCAAAAAAGUUCAACCAGAGCGCUUCUCCUUACUACAGCAUCCCCGUCCGUUACGCAGACCAGCACGGCAGGACGACGAGAGCGUCCAACUCGUUCCCGAUGACAAGUAAAGUAGGAAAGAAUAUUGGUGUUUAUUGGUAAUAGAUGUUGACCCUAUUGUGGGGUUACAGGUUAUAUUGGUAACCGCAUUGUGCGAGAACUCGUAACCGAUGACAAGUAUUAGGAAAGGAUAUUGGUGUAUACUGGUAACAAAUGUUGGUAUAGGUUAAUUCAUAAUAGCUAGCGCGAGAUUACUGAACUAUCAAAAUUUUCAUAUAAAAUCCUUGCCAGCUUUUGUGAAUCGACCUAUAUAGUUGUGCGGUUAUACAGGUUAUGUUAGUUACCGUAUUGUGAAGUUUACAAUCCUAAAGGUGAUGUUGGUAGCUUUUCUGUCAGGGAACUUCCCUAUAGGUGAUGGUUACCCUAUUGCGAGGGUAUAUUCUUACACAGAAUUACGGUAACCCUUUGAAAGGGGUAAACCCUUCAGAUAAUAUUGGUAACCCUAUUAUGAGGUGAUAAACCCUAUUUACAAAAACGUUAUAAAAAGCCAAAAGGCCGGCUCUAUUGAUUGAAAGAUGUGUAACCUUUUGGUGACCUUGGGUAAGCGUUUUACAGGAAAUGUCGGUAUUAUUAUGGUCUCAAGUAACUAACAGUUACCACAACAGUAAAAUUCACAGUCAAAUACAAAGAUUACAUAAAACAUUGACAGUUCUAAGGUAAACCCCUACCCUCCUAAAAACCCUAUAAAAAGAUAAACUGGUUAUAACUUUAAGAAAGCUUUUAAUUAAAAGAGGCUUUGGAAUAUAAACCAGGGAAAGCACGACAAGUUGCAUAAAAAGGUGCAACUGGUACAAUUUUCUCCACUAAGAAAAAAGAUCCUUAUCGCGUUUAUAACAAGGACUAUAUUAGAAUGGUUAUUGAAUGGGAAUGGAUGUCUAUAAUGGGUGUAAAUGUCAAUAUAGUCUUCUUGUAUAAGAAGUCUUCCUUCAAUUUGUUUUUUAGUCAUAAGUGUUUGAAAUAGCCGUUUUUCGAGCAGAUAUAAAACUAGAUAUAGCCGUAUAAGCUAAUCGCCAAAUAUCACUAUUAGUUAGCACAUAGUACUAAUUUUCUGGAGCCCUAGAAUGCUGAAUGUAAAGAUAUACUGAAGAUAUUUUGCUACUGUCAGUGCAAUAUGAACUUAAUUUUACAAUUUUGGUGUUUUCUAUAGGCUAAGAAUAUGACCUAUUAUGGAAUGUCCGAUAUACCUAUAAUAUGUAUACAGAAAUUUUCUUCGUUUUCUUAUCAUGUAGACACUACGUUUAGGACGAAAUAUACGGUGUUUGAUUUAUCAAUUUUUGAGUAAGUAUAAAUGACGUUAUAACACUUAUAACGUUAGUAAAAUUGUGCUAAGUUUGACAGUUUUAAAAUUGACAGAUUCAUAAAAAAAUUCUGCUGUUUAUUUUUCUUACAGAGUCUAUUAUUUGUUUAUGAAAUAUUUCAAAUAUUAUUUGUUUAUAUAUCAUUGAAGCCAAGUGUUAGUUUUAUUGAUAAGAUAUCGUUCGAAUAAAAUUCUAAUUCCAAAUAUCUAGUCGAGUUUUGCGAAUUAAUGUUACCAUAUUUUUAUUAGGUUUUUGUUGUUUUUUUUAGAACUUAGGUACUUUAUAAGGUAAUUUACUUUACAAAACAUAUUAUUAUUUUUUAUUCAAAUCUUUCUGGCCAAGAAUAAGUCAAUGUUAUUUUUGUUAUCAUUGUUUUUAUUUUUUAUGUAGUUUUGUAAUGUAAAUGUAAAAAAAGGUUAAAGUGCUCACCACGACUCCAAUCGAAUAUGAAGUAUUAUAGUCCACCGAUGACAUAGGCAUAGUUUUAGUGUUAUUUUUAAUAAAUACCCGUCUAGGAUAUUAAAUAUAUUGAAUAACGUUCGUGCUAAAGGAUGUUAUGUGCUACAUUUAGGCGUAAUUGCAAAUUAUUGAACAAUAGUGUUACUAAUUACUAUUAUGCCUGAAGAUCAAUGAUGUUUAAAUGUCUUGUGUACUUAGAGUUAGACUAAGAAAAAUCUGCAACGAUUUUGAUAGCCGACGCAGCGCAAGUGUUAUUUUAAACUUCAAACUUCUAUGAAAUUAUGACGUAUAACUCUUCCACUGCGUGGGCUAUCAAAAUCGCUGCAGACUUUUCUUGGUCUAACUGUAGCUAUGUUUAAUUCGUCUAUUCCACGGCGUAACAAAAAGUAGUCUUAAUAUAUAUUUCGUCACACAAUGGAAUGAAUUUAAAAAAAUUGUGUAGGUACAUAAAUAAUAUGCAGUUACGUCUAAAGUAUCCUUUAGUAUACCGCCUUAAUAGUAAUGUUAAAUAAAAUAGGCAUCGCUUUAUGUUAAAUUAAAUUUGACUUGUUCUUAAUUUCCUUAAUAACCUAUUACCAAAAAUUCAUUCAUU